ACUGGAGAGCUGUGGCCAUGACUGCCCGCGGGACCGCGAGCCGCUUCCUGACGAGUGUCCUGCACAACGGGCUGGGUCGCUACGUGCAGCAGCUGCAGCGGCUCAGUUUUAGCCUCAGCCGUGACGCGCCCUCGUCCCGCGGCGCCAGGGAGUUCGUGGAACGGGAGGUGACCGAUUUCGCCCGCCGGAAUCCCGGGGUCGUCAUAUAUGUGAACCCGCGGCCGUGCUGUGUGCCGAGAGUAGUGGCCGAAUACCUUAAUGGGGCUGUGCGCGAGGAGAGCCUCAAUUGCAAGUCGGUCGAGGAGAUCGCCACGCUGGUGCAGAAGCUGGCCGACCAGUCGGGCUUGGACGUGAUCCGUAUCCGCAAGCCCUUCCACACGGACAGUCCUAGCAUCCAGGGUCAGUGGCACCCCUUCACCAACAAACCGACAGCACUGGGUGGGCUGUGCCCUCGAGAGGUCCAGAAUCCUGCCCCGACCCAGCGGCUAGCACAAUAAAGACCAACUCCAUACCCAGUUUGGACUCUCACUCCAGCAGAGGUGGUUCUUGCUCCUGGUUUGCUUCACGGGAGACAGAUGGAGCCCACCAAUGGGUACUUUUGCUUGGGAUAAAGAAGAGCUGCCUAUCUCUUUUGAUGUCCACCGUGAGGGGCAAGGGACUGUGAGUCUCCUCAUUCUUAGCGAGUUGACAUCCUGAAACCUGAGAAUCUUCAGAGAUUUGACUUGGUCUUCAUUUCUUAAAUCCAAAUCAAUAAUAGUGAUCUCAAAUCACAGUGAGGGCUUUCAAGGCUGGCUUCUGAAGAAUUCCUUUUGGCCUGUUUCUGUAGCCAGUGACCAAGAGAGUCUGCUGUGAGCCUGGCAUUGGGCUAGGCCCUUUAUAUCUAUGUGAAUGUUUGUGUGCAGAUUAGAAAACUGAAGUUAAUAAAUUUGCCAAGGUCACACUUGAA